CUCUGAUCCAAAUCCAAACUCCGAACCAUUUUGCAUAUUGUUCUGUUCAACUCUUUCUUACCCUUUUGAAAGCCAAAUCCCAAUCAAUCUUCAUCUGAAUCGUUUUUUUAUUUAGUUACUUGUCAACUUUCUUAAACUCUAAGCAGGGAAGACCCUCAUCUGGGUCUACCAAUUUCAGAUCCGUAGGCGAAGUGGUUGGUUUGAUUUUCUGGGUGUUUUUUUUCUUUCUUUCAAAGAUGUGUAACAAUGGGAUGUCAAUUUCUUCCUCUGAUAUUGGCUUAAUUCUCACAUGACAUGGAUUCCGGAACAAAAUUCGGAUUACCCAUUUUGAAAAAUUGGUGCUUGAAUCCAUUUGAAGGAACUUGAUCACUGCAAUUGAGUUUGCAUUUGGAGUUUGGUUUCUUCGUUAAGAGGAAAUGAUGUUCUGGAGGGACCGUGAGAGAGAUAACAAAGAGCAGAACGGUGGGGUGCUAUGCGGCCAGGUCAGAGUACUCGUUGUUGGUGACUCAGGUGUUGGGAAGACUUCUUUAGUUCACCUGAUUGUUAAAGGUUCUUGUGUGGCUCGCCCUUCUCAGACAAUUGGAUGUACCGUAGAUGUGAAGCACACUACUUAUGGAAAUUCUGGAAGCUCUUCAAGUAGCCUUAAAGGUGAUUCUGAGAGAGAUUUCUUUGUCGAACUGUGGGAUGUCUCAGGACAUGAACGAUACAAAGAUUGUCGGUCUCUCUUUUACUCACAGAUUAAUGGUGUAGUUUUUGUUCAUGAUCUUUCACAGAGAAGAACGAAGUCUAGCUUGCAGAAGUGGGCAGCUGAGAUUGCUGCAACUGGGACAUUUUCAGCUCCUUUGGGAUCUGGUGGCCCUGGUGGCCUUCCUGUUCCAUAUAUUGUUAUCGGUAACAAAGCAGAUAUUGCUGCAAAAGAGGGUACAAGAGGAAGCAGUGGGAAUCUUGUUGAUGUUGCACGCCAGUGGGUCGAGAAGCAGGGUUUGCUUCCAUCCAGUGAGGAGCUUCCGCUGACUGAGAGUUUUCCUAGCAGUGGAGGCCUUACUGCAGCCGCAAAAGAAGCAAGAUAUGACAAGGAGGCUGUGAUGAAAUUUUUCCGCAUGUUGAUCAGGAGAAGAUAUUUCUCAGAUGAAAUACCUGCACCAAGCCCAUGGUCCAUUCCUUCAGUUCAAAGACCUGCUCAGCGUAUAGAUGAAAAUUUUAUUGAAGAUGAACAGUCUUAUAACACGAGUCUAAGCAGUGAUCCUUACAAGUAUAACACGCUUCCUCCUCUUCCAGCUCAACGCAAUCUAACUCCACCGCCCACACUUUAUCCUCAACAGCCAGUUUCAGUCUCUCAAAGCUAUAGCUUCCCUAGAUUUUCUCUGUCUGGCUCCUCAGAAAUCAGUACUGCAUCGAGAACAAAGCGCUCAGAUAUUAAUGUCUGAAGAUCUUUGUAUUGGGUAAUUAGUCAUUGCUAGGUUAAUACUCUGAUGUAUUCUUGCAUGGAACAAAGUUAUAUGUUUGUUUAAAAUUCUUUGUUCCGCUUGUAACUUGUCUCCAUUGAUUCAUUCAUUUGUUAGAGGCUUUCUCAGUGUAAGGAGGAGCUACUUGUUCAAAGUUUGGGAAGAAUUUAAAUGAU